AUGCACAAAAGGUUAGAUGAAACCAUUUCUAAGAGCAAAAUUGGCAACUUGUUCAAGUUAGAGGCAAGAAAGACAUCAUUCACCGUCGAAUUGCGCGCCGCCACCGCCACAUUUCUCACCAUGGCCUAUAUUAUAUCGGUCAAUGCCACCAUCUUGGCGGAUUCCGGCGGGACAUGCUCCAUGGCCGAUUGUUCGUCGCCUAAGAACCAAACUAUCAGUCCUGAGUGUACCCUCAAAUCUAAUGCUGGUUAUGAAAAAUGUCUUUCUAAGAUAAGAAAUGACCUUAUUGUUUCCACGGCUUUGUCCUCCAUGAUCGGGUCACUGGCUAUGGGCUUACUAGCUAAUCUCCCAUUGGGCUUAGCCCCGGGCAUGGGAUCCAAUGCAUACGUGGCAUAUAAUUUAGUGGGCUUCCAUGGCUCCGGGCCGAUAUCAUACAAGACUGCCAUGGCCGUGGUCUUGCUCGAAGGUUGCGCUUUUUUCGCCAUCUCUGUUUUUGGGCUCCGUGCAAAGUUGGCUCGGCUCAUACCAACAUCAGUACGACUGGCUUUUGCGGCCGGCAUUGGGCUAUUCAUUGCCUUUGUAGGGCUACAAGCCCACCAAGGCGUAGGCCUAGUAGGCCCAGAUCCAGCUACUCUGGUCACCCUUUCUGCUUGUAGAACUGUAGAUUCAAUCAAUGGUCGAUGUAUUGACGGAAAAAUGCAAAGCCCGAAAUUUUGGUUAGGCUUCACGGGCUUUGUUAUAAUGUGCUAUGGCCUUAUGAAGAACAUCAAAGGAAGCAUGAUAUACGGAAUGAUUUUUGUCACAAUAAUAUCAUGGUUUAGGACAACCUCGGUCACAAUUUUUCCACACACACCUCUUGGAGAUACAAACUACAAUUAUUUCAAGAAUAUAGCAAUCCUCCCCAAAAUUGAGUCCAUAUUUUGGGCCAUUAGCUUCAACGAUUUUAACAAGGGCCAAGUAUGGGUAGCCUUGGCUACAUUGCUAUACGUCGACGUUCUAGGGAUGACGGGCUCAUUGUACACAAUGGCUGAAAUUGCGGGGCUUGUGGAUGACCAAGGAACCUUUGAGGGUGAGUACUUGGCCUACAUGGUUGAUGCGAGUGCGACAAUUGUGGGAUCAACCUUAGGAGUUUCCCCGAUUGCUACAUAUAUAGAAUCAACGGCCGGGAUCAGAGAAGGAGGUAGGACAGGAUUGACGGCGGUGAUCAUAGCCAUCUAUUUUGGAUUGUCUUUAUUCUUUGCCCCUUUGAUCACUAGCGUGCCGCGGUGGGCCAUAGGCCCGUCUCUCGUGAUGGUCGGGGUGUUGAUGAUGAGAGUGGUGAAGGAUGUCGAGUGGGACAACAUUAAAGAGGCCGUGCCAGCGUUUGUCACCAUAAUACUAAUGCCUUUAACGUAUUCCAUCUCAUACGGGAUCAUUGGGGGCAUCGGCAUGCACAUGGUGUUAGGACUAUACGAUCAUAUUGUCAGAUGGAUAGCUUGGCUGAUCGAGAAGCAGCAGAAGGUGUUGCGCAAGCAAAUUCAGGUGUCGAAUACCUCUGUAGGUCAACACAACAUCGAAAUAAUUUAAGGAAACUUCGCAAUAAGAUGCCCGUACAAAAUAUGCUUCUCAUUAAGCACAAGAAAGACACAUUCGCUCGAGCAUUUACAUAAAAAAUGAAAUUUAAAACUUGAUAAUUAUUCAAUCAAU